CCCUCCCAUCAUCUGUUUUCUUUGCCUCGCCCUGACGGACCCCGCUACAGUCUAGGCGACCCACAGAAUCCAGCAUGGUUAACAAACACGUCCGCAUCUCCCAGAACGGCACCAUCCUGUUCGAGCCCUUCAUCGUCUACCGUAUACACCGUUGAUCGCAAAGACCCACCCCACCUGCCUCAACGCAACCCUGCAUCCCCCGCUAGCUAGCCGUGUCGCUCAACCGGCCCCCUCAGCCACACCCUCCUCCCGCACGCAGCGCAUAUAACCCCGCCCUCGUCCAUGCCACCGGAACUACAAGCACUCGCUCUCGAAUCACCAUCUCUGUUCACCAUGGCCCGCUCCAAGCUGCAGUCCGUCGUCUCCAGUGGCGUCAGGGACUCCUGCAGUCUCCACCGCUGGGUCCUCCUCAAAAACUCCAUCACCCGCUCACAUACUCCAGUCGACACUGCCCCGCCCCAGCCGCAGGCAGAUGUCACUGAUGUACAACAUGUAUAUAGACGCGACGAGGACGACCCCCGCGACGACGCUGCGUUCGUCGAGGAGGACACGUUCAUGUUCCCCGAUCCGCACUCGCUUGCCUCCCGCUCUGCCGGCAGCAGUAGCAACUCGGAGAAGCAGUGGCUGGACUCCCUGCUGGAGGAUCUCGGCGACGACGACGAGGACAUGGACCUCGAGAGCACAGCCACCUCCGUCUCCGUCCUCGCCGUGGACGAUGACGACGAACUGCUAAGUCCCCUGUGCUCUCCCAUGUCUUCCUCCGACGACCUCGUCAACCAUGCCCACCUGUUUUACCAGCCCCCUCCCAUCGCCGUGCCCUACCCUGUCCCCUACCCCCCACUCCACCCCCCUCUUGUUCCUUCUUGGCUCCAGUUCGACGCGCAUGGCGACGACUCGAUCACCCCACCGAGUACGGCUGUGCCGUUGUACCAUGACCCACUCCCGUAUUACGACGUGGACGACGUAGACGGUCUCCCCAUGCCGGAUGCGAUAGAGGACACCUCUGACGACGAGUCAGACGUGCUGUCCACGCCCUACAGCCAGUCCAUGUCUUCCCUCUCCCCUCGCGACGCCGCGUCGCUGUCGUUGCCACAGACGCGCACGCGGCUGCACACCCGCCCACACGUGUACGUUGACACGGACGACGAUUACUUCUACCCCUUUGAGCUGGACCCGCCCCUCCCCUUCCACGACGAAGACCAUACGGACUCUGCUCGUGUCUUCCGUCCCUCCAUGAUCCAGGAUUGUUAGUUAUUUGCAUGUGUCCAUAUUCUCUCGUGUGCUCCGUUAUCAUACUGUUCUCUCCCUCGCAUCACCAUCACCUCCCCUCCCCCACUUGCUCUCUCCCUCCCCCACUUGCUCUCCCCCACCACCCCUACCCUCCCCCUUGCUCCCCCUCCCCUACACUCGCCCACGCCGCGUCGCGUGCCCCCCUCCCCACUGGCCUGGUCUGUCACCGUACC